AACUAUGAGCUAGCGCUGAAGUAUUUCCAGAAGGCUGCAGAGCAGGGAUGGGUUGAUGGACAACUUCAACUAGGUUCCAUGUAUUACAAUGGCAUUGGAGUCAAGAGAGACUAUAAACAAGCUCUGAAAUAUUUCAACUUGGCCUCUCAGGGUGGCCACAUUCUGGCUUUCUAUAAUCUGGCUCAGAUGCAUGCUACUGGCACUGGAGUGAUGCGAUCCUGUCAUACUGCUGUUGAGCUGUUUAAGAACGUAUGCGAACGGGGGCGUUGGUCUGAAAGACUGAUGACUGCCUACAACAGCUACAAAGAUGGUGACUCAAAUUCUGCCGUGGUUCAGUACCUUCUUUUGGCAGAACAAGGCUACGAAGUUGCACAGAGCAAUGCUGCUUUCAUACUUGAUCAGAAAGAAGCCAGCAUAGUAGGAGAAAAUGAAACCUAUCCUCGAGCUUUGCUUCACUGGAACAGAGCAGCUUCUCAAGGAUACACUGUUGCAAGAAUUAAACUUGGAGAUUACCAUUUUUACGGUUUUGGUACAGAUGUCGAUUAUGAAACUGCAUUUAUUCACUAUCGACUGGCAUCAGAGCAACAGCACAGCGCCCAAGCAAUGUUUAAUUUGGGCUACAUGCAUGAGAAGGGAUUGGGCAUCAAGCAGGAUAUUCAUCUCGCCAAACGAUUCUAUGACAUGGCAGCUGAAGCAAGCCCAGAUGCUCAGGUUCCAGUCUUCUUGGCACUUUGCAAGCUUGGAGUGAUUUAUUCCUUGCAGUACGUACAAGAAAUCAACAUAAGGGAGGUGUUCUCACAUAUUGAUAUGGACCAGCUGCUGGGGCCUGAGUGGGACCUUUACCUUAUGACCAUCAUCGCCUUGCUUCUGGGAACAAUUAUAGCUUACAGACAAAGGCAGCAUCAGGCAAUUCCCAGAGCAGGACUGCGGCCAGCUGUGCCUCCACAGGAACCACCACCAGAACAUCAACCACCGCAAUAGCAACAGGAGCCUCAGCGAAGAACUGGAUUUUUCCAAAAGGAACAAUUUUCAUUGUGAUUUAGGACUUCAGAUCAACGGUCCCUCCCCAAAAAGAGGCACAAAAGUUUAGGAAAAACAAAUAAAAGUCUGAAAGCUGCUU